CUGGCUUCUUCUCGUGGAAUCAUGAAGCAUAAGUUGAGUGAUGGGGGGUCACCAUAUUUUUACAAAUUCCGGAAAUCCGAAUUCGGCUCAUCCUGGGUUCAUCAUAAUUCAACUUCUGUCGGUUCCCUGCUGGACCUUUCGGCGAAAAUGGUUGCUGAAUGCCUACCAUUCGAAUAUGUGGAGAAGAUGUUAGUACACAUUCCGGAGCCCGUACAGGAGAAGAUAAUAUACUAUUCCUUCCCGCGUCGCGACAGUGAUAUAUACACCUAUGCAUCCUUUCACCCAAAAGGUGACAAGUGUCGUGACAAAAUUCCAUAUUACGAGGGACUGGAUCACUUUCAGAACGGCUGUGUAGAAGACGUUGUACAAAUAGGGUUCCAUCUAACCGGUUGCGUGAAACAACAAAACUUGUGCGUCUCUCCUGACUCGGAACGACGGAAGUUCGAAGUGUCCAUUACAUUCGAUAGAUGCAAAAUAAUUUCAGUAUGCUGUGAUUGUGGGAACAAAGGUCUUUCAUGGUGCCCCCAUGUGGUCGCGUUGGCGCUUUUCAGGAUUCGCCAACCGCAUCUGGUGGAUUAUCGCUCCCCUAUUUCAGAUGCUCUUGUGCGCAUGGACAGGAGCCAGUUGCAAAAAUUCGCUCAGUAUCUGAUCGCCUCACAUCCAAACAAAGUUCUACCAAGUGCACAACACCUGGCUGAUCAGUUGCUGCAGCCGGAAUCCAAUAUCAACAAAACUUCUGGCGCACCAGACCCAACCGCUGGCGCCAGUGUUGAAGAUGUGGCUGCCUGGUAUUUGGAUGAGGCUGGCGUACGUGAGCAACUUCGUACUGAAUUGGCCAACCUUGUCAAUGCUGGUGGGGCCCCCUCUUCCGGACUUUCUUCGAUCAACAGCUUUGCGAACUCGGUUUCUGCUAACACGCGCUCCAGUGGCGGGCGUUCUACGCCGCUCGUCAUGGCCGGCAACGCACCUGGAGUGGUCGGCCCCAAUGGUUCCGGCGGAGUUGUUGCAGGCAACCACGUCUCAGAAUCCGACUCUUCGGAACAAUAUGCUUCUGUAACCUCAACGAACCGCGAGCCGAACACGUCUGAGGUCAACUCAUCUAUUGAUCAUCCCCCAAUCAACGAAGUCGGGUUGCACUGGCUGCUGCGCUACCGUCGUUUUCUGUUCAGCCAGAAUCUGUUUAGCCCAACUCAACAAGCGAAUGGGAAUCACAGUCCCUGUCCUUUCUCUAGCCUCGAUGCGACCUCACACAGUGUUAACAACUUCGUUCUGUCGUCCACCGAAACUGGCGCGGAGUGGUUUUCAGUUCAACCUAAUUCUAUUCUCGGUUCGAUCAGCGGUCCAGAUUCGACCCAUAGUUGUAGCGCUUCACAUGGUGGUGCUGGAUCGCAAAUUACAGCAAUGUUUGCCAAGGUGCGUGAACUUCUGGCGAAGCGAGACUCCAAUGGACCAAGGCUGUUGAGCUUAAUCACCGAAGAGUUGCUGCGAUGUCCGAAGUUGCCAUUGCUAAAGGCGCGACGCAGCCAUCGUGGGAUCGUAGAGUUGUCCACACGAAUCCAUACUCCUGGUCUGGCUAGAUCUGCCUCUGCCCAUCAGUUGUCAAGUCCAACUAUGCCCUCAGAGCCCUCUGCCAAUUCCACUUCGACAGUGCCAAGUUCCAUUCAGCUGCCUGGCUCAACAACGCGCCUGUGGGAUGAAGUUUGCGUGCUCUGGACCUGUGUGGUGCUCAAUCCAGAUUGCAGUCCAGAAGCUCGCCGUAAUUGGCGAAAUAGAUUUCUCUCAUGGAGUCGAGCUCACCGUUGUCCUCGUGAUGAAGCUUAUGCGGUUCCCGACCACUUUUUUCCUCAGUUACGUGAUUCCAGUGAAAUAGAGGAGGAUGGCGCAUCCCAGCCGGUGCAGUCUUCACUUGGCGGCCAUUCACAGCAAUCUAACAAUCGUUCCAGCCGACGCGUGUCCGUAUUUCAGCUUCCCUUAGAAGUCAGCUUUAUGUCUUGGGACGAUGACUGGUUACGCCAUCUACUUGGCCUUGAUCUUAAUAAGCGUAUCAAGGGAAAGACAGGAGCUGCGUUCAGCGACUACGAUAGCUAUGAGAAUACGAGCAACAGUUCAAUUGAUUUAGAUGAUAGUUCCUCUGAAACGUUUCGCCGCCCUUCUGUUGGCACCCCCAGAAGAAACUCAACCUCCGGUCGGCCCCUCUCAAACAGCUCACCCUCCGCCACUCCGCGUGAUUGUCAUUGCCCUUAUUGUGAUCUGAACGUACCGCUAGGAGAGCCAUUUCCUCUUCUAUGUCUCCGUGUUGCAGCCCUCCGUUCGAAUGGCUACAUCGCACAAGCCAUUCGUUUGGCAGUAUUUAUUAGCCAGCGUCUGCUACGUUCUUUCAAAUUCUCAGUUUCCCACGCCUCCAGUACCGGUACCACACGAAACUUACAACAACCACAACAGUUGGUUCACCCUUACCCACCGCCCUACUAUACUCCACCACCGCACCAUUUAGUAACCGAUCCGAUGCCGCGGCGUCCAACAUUUACUGCAAACAGUUCCGGCUUGCGGUCCUGUGGUCCAGGCUCAUUGCACGGACCAAAUCGGUUUGCGCCUCCUGUUAAAGCUUUGUCUCCAUCACCAAUGUCAGCGCACCCAAAAUAUCCUUCUGGUCGUCUUCCCUCUCCGAGACCAUCUUCCGUUUCACCACCGAUAUCCAGCUCACUUACCGGUAGGCCAGUGUCUAGAAGACAUGUCAUGUCGCCAGGCAUGAAUCUCACACCAGGGCCAUCAGGUUGCUCUAAUCAGUUUAACUGGUCUGGGCACAAUUCCUGUUCUUCUUUACCACCCUCCAUGUAUAAGGUUCAACCUCCCCCGCCGUAUGGCGCCCACUCCCAGUCGUUCGUGCAUCAGCCCAUUUGUCACUCAAAUGCCAGCCCAAACACUCCUUUCAAUCAUUUCUCAUCCAAGCACCCUGGUCAUCCCCACUCAUUUCGAUCGCCACCCAUCAAUCCGCACUCAUCUUACGGGUCCGGACCCAUGUAUCCACCAGGACGGUCUUUGACCUCACCCAAACUCUCAGGACGCACGUCUUCUUCCCAUCCAUCUCGAACUUCCACAUCCCCUUGUGGUUCUCCCAACAGUGACAAUCAAGCAGACUAUUUUGUAUUACUUUCUGGAACCAGUUCAACCGCUUGUUUAAGUCACACAGAGUCUGGAUGGAUCGGCCUACCCGGGAGACCAGUGCUUUGUUUAAUCGAAUGCCUACUAGACGCAGCCGCAAUGGCUGUCGAAAUCAAUCACUGCACCGCAGCAAAUACUCGGCCCUGGGUCCAGCUGGAGUCUGCUUCGUUCUACUUAUGCCUUUCGAUUAAGGUAAGCCUACUCGCCCUGUUGCAACAAAGGCGUCUGUCCGGAUCUGUCAAUCGUCUACUAGCUUGUCAAGGUCAAGAAAGCAGAUUGCUGGCCUUGCUCAAUACCAUGCCCAAAGACACCACUACAUUGCUAGCAGUCUGUGAAGCACUGUCGUAUCUUCUGGGUCCACCUACUCUACCGCGCCAACUGGCCAGGAUGGACAAUUCACCAGGUUCGCCUAUUGUUUCUUGGUCUGUUCCCAACUGGUGUUGGUGGUCUGCGCUCGGUCCCGUGAUCCAUCCGGACUCGUACCCGGUUCAUGCCGUUGCUCAUUUCGUACUAGACUACAUAUUAGAGGCGCAGAAACAAAACCAGCUUACCCUGGUCAACAAUUGCUGGGCCGGUUUUGGCAACACUGCACCAUCCGUACGAAUGGAGGAUUUGUUGUAUGCAGUGGUCACUCGUGCCAUGCGGUUUUCCGCGCUUGAGUCUGUUUCCGACAACCUUGGCUUGCCAUCGACUGCCGUCAACCGCGGAAAUUUUGUGACUGAGUCGACAAGUCACGUUUUAGAUCAUCAGUCAAGAGCCAGGACUCCGUUUCCACAACCACACUGGGACAGCAACCCACAUACGUUCGAUUCCACCGGUGAUCUGUCAUCCCUAGCCACAGGCACUCCAGGUCAGUCAGUCAUUAAUGAACCGCCAGCGUACACCAACCCCAAUUCAGUUUCACAGUCCGACCAUUCGUCCACAACGGGAUUUCAUUCUCACCAUCCAAACACUCCACGAGCUGUACACGGUCCAGCCGACUUUGAUCGUUGUCCUCUGCCUCAACCCCACUACCCUCCUCUCCCCUCUGCAUUUGCCAAUGCUGUCCAAGCCUGUCUUCGUCUUUCUGACUCUUGCUACUUGAAUUCUUCCUCAUGUGCUCCCAUCCCACCAGUGGUUCCGAAUCCCAUCACCUCACCAAUGUGUUUCACGCGAACGCAACCCACCGCUACACAUAACCCCGAGCAAGUCCCAAUGGUGGUUUAUCAGCAGAACGGUAAUCUGCGUCGCUGUCUAGAAAUGCUAGAACGACAACAGACGCAGCUGGCUAUCUCACUUAUCCGUUUGUCCAAGUCGCACGUUCAACGGCUAGAUCAAACUGUCCAGAUUUGUGAUCGACACAUUCAUUCAGCGGUCAGUCUGUUGACCAUUUCACAACAGAUUUUUGCAGAUGCUGUGGGUCUUGAUCCAGCCGUUUCUAGUACGUCAAACUAUGAUCCCGUUCACCUCUUCAAGUCCAGUCUUUUGCCUGGUUUUGGCAGUGGCGUUUGUCAGUUGGGAUCGUCCAGUUCAGCUUCAAGCGUUAUGCUUCCUACUCCAACGACCCAUUUCGGCGGAGGCUCCUUCACACGGGACCGUACCAAUCUGAUUUCUGCAGCCUUUUAUCUAGCCCUUCUUGUGAUCCUGCGAACAGUUAGUCGCACCGUCCAUUGGCGGCGGAGGGAGAUGUUGGCUUGGUCCGCUUCCACUGCUCUCCAUGUUGGUCCGUCUGCAUGUCUGUAUCUAGUAACGCACUGGUCGUCGUAUGUGAGUCCAAGAGAAGCGGUCAAUUGGUUAGCGCCUACAUUGUUAUCGGUCCUUAACAAAUCGGGCUCUGGCGUUGCGCCUCAAGAUCCAAAACCCAACGCAAAACCAGCCGAUCAGACCUGUGUCUAUCACCCAGUGCACUUCAGCGAACCUUCACUGUGUCCUGAACACGCACUACUAUUUGGAUACGUUAACUCAGAUGUUUACAUGUCUUCUGACCCUCCUCCUGGCGUGAUACAUCCCAGUUGGCCCCCAUGGUAUGGGUUUUCACAGGCCCCCCUCGCCUCUCGCGGUCACACAAAUUCGAUAGCAAUGGCUGCUCAGCUCCUCAGCAGUGCUGUGCCGUAUUCUGCAAACGCUCGAGAUCACAUUUCUGCCGCCGUGCGUACGAUGGCUAUGCAGGCCGCUGCCAAGGAUCCUGUCAAUUGUGCUCUGCCCGCUUUAGCCUUAGCUGAGCGUAGUCCUGCCGCUUUUGAUGCUGUUUAUCGCCUGGUACUGCAUUCCGCGGGAACCGGAGGAUUGGGCCCAGUACAACUAUUCUCUUUGGCCCGGUACAUGGACAGUCGUGGUUGGGCUUGGCGCGCCUUUCCUUUCGCGUUGCAUGCCACUCGGUUGUUUGUACUUUCAACCAUGCAAGAUAGUCACCCGGUCGCUGGCCACGUACUCUGGGCUUGUUCUCUUGCUCAUCGGCUUGGUCCGGGACCACUACAAGAGCUGCUCAGUCACGUCAUACGUAACAUUCACUGUCCCACGUUGCUCACUGAAAUUCUCUACCGGUGUCGUAUCCCACCCGCUGGUCUGAGCGUGAACGGGCCUGGAGUCAGUCCGGUCAACGGAGCGACAGUCGAUUUGCUUUCCCCAAGUUCACUUCCACCACGCAACCCCCCAUCGAAUUUUGGCUCUUCCGCGCCUUACUAUCAUCUGGAAAAUGGCAAGCUCCUCAGUUUAGACCGACCUCCGCUCAAAUGUUUACUUGGCGCAGCAAUCAAUGCUUUCGUCACAGCCACACACACUCGUUUGUCCAACAUUAGUCCUCGUCAGUAUGCGGAGUUCGUGGAUUUUCUGACCCGUGCCCGCGACACAUUCCAUCUGCUCAGACCGGAUGGUCCGGCUCAGUUUCGGAGUUUGGUUGAAUGUCUAAGACAGACCUACCGCGGAAAGCGUAAAUUGGUCUCCCUUCUAGCAGAACGGUUUGGAUAAGUCGCCUCCGUCGCAUGCAUUAUUUGACGCUGGCUUGCACAGACUGCAGUCAGGCUGCCGAACAUAUGUGCCUGAAAAACAUUACCGGACACUUCAAGUCAACCCCUUGCUCCAUCCUGCCCCCCACCAGUCCAUACUUUUCCCUUUGUACCCUUCUACUAUUGUUUCUAUCAAAUACACUAGAAGUAUG